CAAGCAACAGCCACCUUAAAGAAGGCACAACACAUACAAACAGACUCAAAUAAAACAUACAUAUGGAAUAAAAACAUAGAGAAAGCUGAAAAAAGGAACUGAUAAUGACUGAACAGAGUGUUGUCAUGAUCGGCAGAACUACCUGUGGCAGAAGGUGAAGCUCUCCAUACUGUCUGUGACUAAAUGAGCGUACAGCUGAGGAUCCAGCUCCUUUAAUAGCGCUGCCUCCAACUCUGAAAGAGAGUAAAUGUAGUUUUUAACAAGAGCUAUCCUGCUGGAUUAGACUUUCACUCAAAACAGGUUAAAUUAGAUAUCAUUUAUGUUCAAGAUGAGUUGAUUUCUUUUUAGUUAGUUUAUUUAUUUAUUUAUUUUUGCUUGUUUUUGUCACAGUUUUAUUUCUAUUCCAUUUGUUUCUACCUAUAUUUUACCCAGCCCUGCACUUUGAUCAGCCUUGAACUGAAUUGAGAAAAUAAAACCUUAAAAGGAUAUUCUGGUGUAAAAUUAAUUUGGGGUCAAACACACCGUAACACUGAGUUAGACACCCCCUUGAGAGGGGGACCCUAUAUGUCCUGUUGAUGAAUUUAGGUGCUGUUCUGAGCAUUAUUUGUGGCUAUAGAGUGGCUUUUUGGUUGAGUUAUUUCUAAUCUGCGGUCGUUACUAAAGUUGGUAUAACUAGAGCAGCAAAAGGUCAGCAACAUUCAUCUCUUGAGGAGGUGUCUAGCUCAGUGUUAUGGUGUGUUUGACCCCUCAAUUAAUUUUAUGCCGAAAUACCCCUUUAAUGGUUUCACAAGUUUUCACACAUUUUUCAGGUUUCAUAAUUAACAAAUCCAUCAAAUCCACAAAACUGGGAAAAAAUGUUGAUAUUUAAGUGCAUAGUGUGAUUGUUGAUUGCAUGGGUCUAGUGAGACGAGAGAGAAUUCAAUACCCCUGUUUAACCACUAGAGGUCUCUAAUCUUUUUCACAUGUUCCUUCAGGUGCACCAUGACUUUCACUGCAAUUACUGUAUAUUUGUCUUCUCAUUGUGUAACACGCAUGUGAGGUGGCCCUUUGUUUUUAUCUUUUUAUGUGCUAAUCUCACCUAUUUUUCUGUGAAGUCCAUCAGCCCUGAAGUCCUUGGAGAAUUUCUCCAUGUAGCAGGAGAAACUCCAGAAAGUGUCAACCUCUGAAUCAAGAACCUCCAGAAACCGGCUGCACAGGUCAUUCAUCCCUUGAGCGUAACUGACCUCUGGAUUAACAAUCAAGAUAAGUGACGCACAAAAAAUCACAUUUAGUGUCUGAUGCUGUCUCAAUCAAGUCAUGUCAACAGAUGACAACAUGUUCACUGUUGUGUGUUUGUAGUACCUGGAUGAAAAGCAGCAUAAGUGAUGAGGAUAUCUCUCAACACCAGCAGAUUAGCAGAACCCUCUCCCCUGCACACACAAGAAAGUAAGAUAGCAGAGUAAAGUGAAUAUUGCAAACACCAGUAAGUUCUCCUUACUUCUUAAAAUAAGUGUUAAUAGUUAGGAUAGAAUUAACAAAAACAUGGGAUGUCAUCAGCUGAGGUUUUAAAGCAGCCAAGCUCACUCGAUGGACACUUUAACUUAACUCAGUGACUCGGACUAAACUCAGUAAAUGUUGACAAUCUUUAAACAUUUAAAACAACUUUAGCUGCUUUUCAUGAAUAUUGUCGGUUGAUGUGGCCCGAAUUCUGUUGAUAAGUCAAGUGAGUAAACCAGGUUCUCUAGUCUAUUGCUCUUGUUCCUCUUUCAGGGUCAAAUCAAGUUGGUGAUACUUUUAGAUGCUUCAUAGUAAAUAUCUAGCUGUACACUGCCACCAACAACAUAAGGAUCAGAAAUCAAAACCCCCACACUAUCUGAUGAUUCACAUAUGCUGACUGACUUAAAUCUUAAGUGUAGCAAAUAAGCCCACAACAAUGGCUCCUAGUCACUCACUGAUAAUAGCUCAGGUCUCUGUUGGUUCUUGGCACAUCCUUGUCAAUGAUUCGUAUGGCUUCCCGCAGCUCUUCCUGGUCAAAUGUGACACGCUCAAACAAUAUCUAUUGACAAUAAGAAAACAAAAAGACAAUAAUACUAUAUUUCACAUAUAUGGAUUUUGGUCCCACUUUUCCCUUGGUUAGAAGAGUUCGUAAACAGGUAUGUACUUAUAAUGUAUAUUGUUUUAUCACAAAAAAUUGGACUUAUAAUGUUUGAGGUGCGAGUAGUUUAUUAACUAACACAAGUCUGUUAAAAAAGUAUGUCAAGUUACACUCAUUUUACUUGUAUGGUUUAAAUAACUACGUUUAAGUGCACAGAGGUCCUGGACAAAAGUGCAUGACCCUUCAGCAAGAACAGGGUCCAAUGAUCAUUUAUGUAAAUAUCAGUUUGUAGGACAGAACAAAAUCCUGUUACUCCCUGAACAUGCUGCACACCUCAUUAUGAAAACAGGAAAGCUGUUUUCUUUUACCAGACAAAGCUGAAGAAGACUGAAUUUAUAGAACUGAAAUCUAGAAGAAAAGAGCAAAAAGAAAUCCUUUGUAUGAGUCAUAGUCGUACAUAUAAAAUAUAAAACACAGCACUGAAAUAAAAGCCAUAAUCUAAAAAAGUUGGGAUGCAGUAGGAAAGUUAUGUAAGAACAAAUAUGAUGAUUUACAAAUCAUUUGAACCUCUUAACUGAAAAUAGAGACAGGACCUAAAAUCAAAUGAUGAAACUUAUCAUUUUACUGUUUUGUGAAAAGUACAAGCUCAUUGUGGAAUAAAUUUUAGCAUCAAGUUUCAAAUAAGUCUGGGCAGGGCAUGUUUACCUUAAUGUUACAUCGCCCUUUCUUUCAGCAACACACUGUAAACAGACUGUAAGUGAUACAUGCACUGUAUUUAAACAGCGAUUUCCCUCGUCCGUCAGAACACGUUUACUUUGUGUCAACUAGACAGGCCAGCAAUCCCAUCGCAGAUGUUAGCUUUUAAACUGUACACUGAUAAGAAGGCAGGUACAUCCACGAAUCUUAAAAAAGAACAUCAGAUUUAGAUUUAUCAAACCGCAGGGCAGUUGUUCACUUUGCUUCCGUACGUCUAACAUGGGCUCAAGCCCAGAGAAGUCCUUGGUGUCCUGGAUCAUGUUUAUGUGUUCCACUUUGCAGGGUACGGUUUUAGGAGAGAGUCUGAGGGUCACAGCUGUCCAGUAUUGGUUUUUGACUUUGUCCUAUAAGCAGUGAGAUUUUUCCAUAUUAUCUGAAUCUUUGAAUGAUAUUAUUCACAGUAGAUAAUGAAAUCCUCAAUUUCUUUGCAAUUUUAUGCUGAGGAGCAUGAUUCUGAAAUUGUUGAAUGAUUCGCUCACACGGUCUCUCAUAUAGUGGUGGAUUUAAUCUUUCUUUAGGUAUAACACAUAAGAAAAGCUGUGUUUUAUUUUUCCCAUCCUAACAGUUUUUGAACGUGAUCUAGCGUCAGAUUUCAAACGAGCACAUAAUCUAUAUAAUUUAAUAAUAAUAUAUAUAAUAUAUCAGCAUUUGAUAUGUUUGCACUAAUAAUAAUAAUUUAAUGUUUGCACUAUUUCCAACUCAACACUGAGUUUAAAUGAUUUGUAAACCAUUAAAAUGUAUUUUUAAUCAACAUCUUAUACAGCAUCCUGACAUUUUUUGGAAUGAUGGUCGUUGAUAGACAUUUAAAACCUCUAACCUGUGCCUGAAGCUCCAGGAAAGCCAGUCUUUCCCAGACCUCCUCAGACUGGUCCUGGAUUUGUUGUUGGGCCCGAGCCUGCCUCUGGUCAAAGUACCGCACUGCUGCCACCAGCUCAGCUUUAAUGGACAAAAGCUCAAGCAGUCAUGGAUGUUUUGACAAAGACAAUACAAGCAGUGACAAAAAGAACUAGAUUUUGAAUGUUUGGCUUUUACCAUCAGUGCCAUUGAGAUGAAUCUGCACAGCUGAGGGAAGGAACUGCUGCCACUUUCUUUUCAUGACACAAUAACGUACAACCAGCUGCUCCUGCAACAGAGAGCGCUCCAACGCUGUUGAGCUGCAUGGGUACAUCCCAAACAGGAAACGCCACACAAGGCCACGAUCAGAGGGGGAUACGCCACCUGUACAUGAUCAUUUUUUCAAACAUUAGUUUCAAAGAGUGUUUCAAUCAUUACAAACACUGAAUGUUAAAGCUUGGUGAGUCUGGCAACAAAUGCAGGAUUAAUCAAAGUUUUGGCAAGUGAACACAACAGAAUCAAUCCAAGUGUGGGACAAACGCAAAAUCAAUAAGAAAAUGCAGAAAUAUUUAAAACCCGUGGACUGCUACUCCUCUAGUGUCAUCCCAGCUGCUCUGCCCUGCAGUUAUCUCAGUCCCUGUUCAUUUAUUGUCAACAAGCCCCUGCUUUCCUCUGGUGCUGAAUAGAUUUGUUUCCAACAGCAGCACUUAUCUACCCUUAACAUAAAAUUCAUACUCGGUAAGUCCCAUGUUUCUGUGGCUAUAAUAGACAUGGACAUUAUGAUCACUUUCCAAAAUGUUAUUUUGUCUAUCAUCCAUCAGUCAAUGCUAUCUGUAUCACUCCCUCACAAACUCUGAUUGUAUCACAUAAACGAAACAAACAGCUUAAGAAAGAUAUCCUCAGGAAACAUUUUCUGGGGCAAAAUUGAGUGACCUUUACUCUGCUUGCCCUGGGAUUUGAGACAAGGAUUUAAGAUGUCUUAUGUAAUGAUUUUCUCUGCAGGUUCUUUAAAAACUGGUCCCGCUGAAUGCAAAAGGUUGAAGCACAACAAAAAAGCAAGUGACUAUAUCACAGCUCCUAUAUGGUUAAUAAGUACCAGGCCCACUUGAGAGAAGCUUUGAGGACUGUGGACUAAAAAAAACACAUUUAUGCACUUCUUAAACAUGAAAUCAGAGGUGAUCUCAUUUUCAGCAAACUUCACUGGAUAUUUUUUUUCUCUAGCUAAUGAAUCUCAUGUGAUUUGAUUCAGCUUCUUAGGAAUCUUACCAACUCUCUAAAUAGUAUCUGUUGUUUUAUCUCAGAAGUCACGCUGGAGUUCUUUGCCUGAGGGGUCUGCUGUGAAAUGAAACGUUUGAAGAAUGGUCUGACUGAAGCUCAUGUCCUGCAGCAGAGCAUCACUUGACUCGCUCUUUGUCAGAAGGAAUGGUCACAACACAUGAUAUAACGCCAUAAUGCCAUGGCUCUGUUUGUUCACAGACGCAUUUGCUGAAUUAUUCUCUGAAAAAUUGAGUGCUGCACGUACAGGCAGUUUUAUUUUUCUAGACACUCAAGCCACAUGCAAAAUUAUAUUAAGUUUAACUCAUAUCUAAAACAGUUAAAAAGAUUUCAAACAAAGCAAUAUAAAGCACAUCUUAAAUAAACAAUAAAAAAUAAAAACUGUCAACUUAAGAAUAUUUUGUUCAACACAGCUAAAGGUCUCAUCUUUCAAGUUUCCAUUUUGGAAAAAAGUCUUCUGUGUCGUACUAUAAUGCAUUAAUACUGAAAUAACAAUCUUACAAACAAGAAUUUUUCUGGAUUAUAUUUCUAAAUAGGAAUUAUAGGAUUAUUUCAGAUUUUUGCUUAGCCUGUUGUGACCUUCAUUAAAAGUGUACCACACAGAGAUGCAAGUUAUAGUUUCACAAUGAAGCUGAGGCAAGUUUUGUUAAUGCAAAAACUGCAGGCCCACUUUUGGGGAAAUCAAAAUCUAUGAAGGGGAAGGUCUGAGGCAUCUCUAUGGACAGAAAAACAAAGCAUUUCAAUUAUAGCCCAGUGUUUUGAAAACUAAUGAUAGAUAUAUAGAAUGUUAGAGAGAGAGAGAGAGAGAGAGAGAGAGAGAGAGAGAGAGAGAGAGAGACCCCACUACCGUUUUUGAAAAUAUGCAUCCUCAGUCUUGACUCGUCCACCCUCCCCUCGGCAUCCAUGACUCCGGGUAAGGUGAGUCGUGCGGCGGACAGAGCAGGAGAGUUGACCGCCGCUGCUUGCCCCUGAAGGCGGACAUGUGACCGCUGGCAGCCCGCUGAGCUCACCCUUUCUCCUGCUGUCCCCGGUACACUCCAGUUCCUAAGUUCUUCCAUCUGAGCCUGCAGUGUACGCGAUCACACCUCCCACAGGUGAAGUCGAGUUGCAUCCACAGAGUCUCAACAGAAAACAACAAACUGUCAUCCUCCUCCUGCAGACUACUGCUUCCAAAACAACGCGUCCCUUACCAUCUCCUCGCGCGUGCUGGAGCUCAAACCAUCCAGGAUCGAUUUCUUCCAACACGGUCAAAUCGUUCAAGAUCAAAAAGUUUGUUUGAAUAGUUUCAGUGAAACAUUACUGGCUCUGUUGACUCUCGUUCAGCCAUUUGGGAGUCAUAUGACUGCACCCUCAGAUCCGAGUUUGGCCCACAUUCCAGGUGGAGCCUGCAUUUCAGUGCUAAAGUUCACUGUUGGAUUUGGGAGCACGUCUCGCUCCACCUAGUGGUUUAAUUGAACAAAAACUGCAAGAGUUACUCAUAGAGGUAAAUCAAUCCCAGAGGCAUCCCUAUGACACUUGCAUGAUACAUAGGGGGUUUUGUCAUUGAUUGUUCCAUGAGCUUAUUUGUUUUCUGUAGACGUUCAAAUCAGAUAUUAAAAAAGUUAAACAGUAGGCCACAAUGGUUGUAAGUUGCCUUGAUAUGGGUAGGAGAGAGUGGGGUAAGAUGAGUCAUUUUUCAUAUUUCGGAUCACUACAUCAAGGCAAUCGUAGUUUUGUCUCUAACUAGUGUAUCUGCAUCUAUUUAAAGAUGUUUUGCAUCUUUGCAAACCAACAGAAUGAGUUUAAACAUAACUGUUUUAAUAAUAUUGCAUGCCAAAAGUGGUCUCCUAUGGUCCAUUUACCCCGUGUAUGGGGUAAGUUGAGCCGUAUCCCCACUACCCCCUCAAUCUCCACCCCAGCCCUCCCUCACCUUCUCUCUCCCUAAAUAACAGUCACUUCUUCACAUUCAUGUGUAUUUUUAUCUAUUAUACACUAUUCAACUGGUACAAUUACUCUUUUUUUUAUUAUUGCAUAUAACUGCUAAAAAGCUGUUUUGUAAAAAGCCAUUUUAACACGAGGAUGUCUUUAAGUGAUUCAGAACAUUCACAGCUGUAUUUCUGAAAAGAAAAAGAAACACAUUUCAAUAACCAGAACUGAAACUCUGAUCCUCUCAUCAGACUCCUUUACUUUCUCAGUUGAGUCACAGACUCAACUUACCCCAGAACUACUAUUAUGACUUUAUUAGUCCUCUAAGCUCAAAUGGUGGACUUUUAUGCUAGGUUUUUGACCUCAUGUUGUAGCUCAUAGAUACCAUAAUUGAUGUAUAAAACAAAUUUAAAAUGAUAUUUUUUGGUCUGAACACAAGUCUAAUAAAAACUGAUGACAGAUUAAAUUCACUUUCAAGAGUGAAAAAUGUAUUUUUGGAAAUAAAUGUCUAACCCCUUCACCCAUGUGCUUCUAACCUUCACAGACUUUAUGAAUUGAUGCCCAUCUCCUACAUAUUUGGUCACAUGAUCAAUUUCUUUGACCAUUUCCAAGCAACAGAGGGUGGCUCAACUUACCCCACUCUCCCCUGUAGACACUGGAGACAGGCCUACUUCAUUUACAUGAGCAACAUGCGAUGACCUUGUUACUCAGGCAAAAAAAAGUGUGAUUAUUUUAAAAAAAAGUGUGACAGCUUAAAGUUUGUGUUCACAUUUUACUGUGACGUAGGACUGUCGAUAACCAUCUUGUUAGAAAAAUAAAAUAUUGAUGUCGUGCUCGUAAGUACGACAUCAACCUGACCACAUUGCAGGAUAAAUAUCAAACUAAAAGCAUGCAAACAACCGUUUUGGAGGCAUCAUCUUCACCUCAUAAGUUUCAGUUACAGAGUUGAUGAUAUGGAUAAAUCAUAAAUUUAAUAAAGGAUGAAAGAUGCACAUUAAUUAUGUGUAAUUAAUUAUGUCUGUUCAUGCUGAUAAAGUUCAUAUCGGAGUGUGUUGCUCUUGCAUUUCUUCAGUUUGACUGAUUGUGUUGUUUUACUUUCAAGUUUUUCCAAAAAUAUUGCAGUAAUAUCAUAUGAGUGAUAUUUUAUGUCUACAGUAAUCAUGAGAUGAAAAUCUGACAUUGUGACAGUCUUGUACCUGUUUCAAACCAAUCCUUGUUAAGGACUCCAGGACUCCAUCUCUGUCUGAUCAUGCUGCAGGAAAACACCUCAGAGUCUGUCUCGGUUUGGUCUCGAGACUCAAGAAAUAAUGACAUUAACCAGGCACAGAUGUGAGAGCAGCCCACUGGGCCCCAACUGUCAGCUGUAUAAUAAGGUGAGACCAGGUGGGACAUGAUCCUGCCUUGCAAUGGGUCCUACUCAUCUUGUCAGGAUUCUAAUUUGCAUAACCACUAGAUCACCAAAAUAUUUCCCUUAUAAUUCCAUAUUGAUUUACAAUAAGGCACAAGUUUCCCAGUUGCAUCUGGUGCUGUUAUGACACAGACAGUAACUUCCUGAGGUCCUGACAGAAGAGGGAAGGAAAUUUGGACUUAAAAAUAUAAGCCAUUGACUAAAAGAACAUUUUAAAAUGAGCUGAUCUAAGUCAAGCAGUGCUUUUUCAAAAUCUAACUUUCACAGAGGAAAAGGAUCAUAAUAUGUUAUUUUAGCAACAAGAUUCAAGGUGAACUUAUUCCCAUCACGUUGUCCUGUAAAAAUGCUGAAUAAAUGCUAUUAAUUGCAGCAGAACAGAAGCACCAUUUGCAGAGCUAAAAGCGUCUUUUUGAACCAAAGAGUAUUACUACACAUAGUUUUAUCUGCAGGCGUCUUUUCUCAUGUCCCCUCAUCAUGUUCACACUUAUGAGCUAAAGUUGUGACCAACGCUGCUGUUUCAGAGAGGUGUAAAAUUACCAAUGGUAAAUGUCGUCCUCCACAUCCUGCAUGUUCUCUAUACAGUUUUCACAUACCCUACUUUGGUGACACAGGUAGGUUUGAGUUAUUUUCGCCAGAGAAUUUGGAUUUCAAACUCAAUGGUUCAGUGCUCAGUUUUCUGUCCUGACUUCCCCAUUUCUUUGAUAGGCAAUAGGAAACACACCCAAGAAUUUCACAUCAAUAUUGACGUUGACGACAUUCUGACAACACACUGCAAAGGUCUUGAAGUCUUUGACUGAAUUCCUCCCACAGUGAGUAUUCAUUUACAUUAGCCUUCUCAUAAGACCUAUCAUUACUUACUUAUUAGCACCUUUUGAUCUUAUAGUACUUUAUUCAUUGAUUGAUGCUACAUUUUAAUAGAAUCGACUUUUUAUUGUAAUUUUACUUGUGUCAUAUUUCUUAGUGGUCUUGUUGUUGUUGUCUUUGUAACACAGCAAAUGUUAGAGGAGCAGCAGUUCAAUAUGAGAAACUUGUAGCAUGACUGUAAAAUGAUUUUAUUUUGUUGAGUAAAUUCAGUAUGUUUACUGUCAUUCAGAUGCAGCUUAAUGGCCUAAAUGAAUUCUCUCUCAUGCUGAUCUUGGCCUUUUGUUCAGAAGGUGAGUUGUAGUGUGGUUAAAUGUUUUGUUAUGACUUAUAUCUCUAGAAGUGAGCAUGGUAAAAAGUAAAAUGUUGGUUUGGUUGAAAUGCAGGUCUGGGAAGUGGUAACUGGACCAUAACCAUUGACAGAACCGUUACUGCACAGAGGGGAUCAGACGUGACCAUAAAUUGUACUUUUGACUGUCCGUCCUCACACUGCAGUGACAACGUUCAAAUUUACUGGAAAAAGCGUAAAGGGAAAAGCUUUGACAAAGCUGACAACAGCCAAAAUGAAUUUGUUUUUCAUAAGAAUAAGACAUUUGUGCUGGAGAGGUACAGAGAGAAGACCAAGCUAGUUCAAGACAAAGGCAAUAAAGACUGCUCCCUGAAGAUCCAAGAUGUGACAGACAAUGACAAAGACAUCUAUGUGAGACUCAUCACUAAGAGUGACAAGUACAGCUUCUAUUCCAACACUGUCUCCAUUCGGGUCUUUGGUGAGUACAAAGUUGAAAUGUCACUUUGUAGUUUGUUUAUACAGAUACUGCUUUAGAAUAUUCAUAAUAAUACCAUCCUCUCUUGCAGUGAACAAACCUUUGUAUAUUUUUUUCUGAAUGUUAUUUUCCAGCCUGUCACAAACUCUUUUGAUUUUCAGACAGAAAAAACACAUCACCAACAGUCGAGACGACAACAAGUAAGUUUAUCACUUCACACUGUUUCUCAGGCAGCUUCACACAAUCAUCUGUCAAUCCGCUCUUGACUCUACUGUACAAAGGUCAGUCUGGUCAUGGUGACUGUCAUUUUUUCCACAGCCGCCAUCAUCCCAACGAUUUCACCAACAACAGUGUACACAGCCAUCUUUGUGCCACUUUCUGUUCUUGUGAUCAUUUUGAUUAUCAUCGGAACUUUCUGUCUCAUGAAACACAAAAGGUAACUUCACUUUGAGCUCAUUUGAAAUUAUGGGCCUUACAAGCAUAAAAUGACACUUUAAACCUGAGGCAAUGACCAAUCCACUCAAAUAUUGUGUUCCUCUGUUACAUUACUUAACUCUAAGUGCAGGAUGUUAAAUGAGUCCAGUUUGAUUUUCAAGAGAAAACUUCUCUGUUCAUCUGAUGAAAGUUUAUUUGUGUGAUUCUGAUGUGAUGUUGGAAAAAGAACAAUUGGGUGAUAGUUUGAUUUCAAAAUAAAAGCAGUUCAGUUUUACGAGUUAAAAAAACGCCUAUAGAGGUUGAUUUGAUUGUUACAUUUAUGAUAAAUAUGUCAAGGUAGAAAUCAAUCAACGAGAAUGACAAAAUGAAUGUUUGAAAAACUUGUAUUUGAUUAAUAAUUCCCUAUAACAGCACAUACUCCUUUUUAAACAGGAAGCAGUCUAUGUCAAGGGAGGGAUCUGGAUAUUAUGCUAAUUUCCCCAGAGCAUCAUCCAACAAUGCCAAAAGGUUUGUUUUGUAAUACAUGACGUGAAAGACAUUUUGUUCCCCUUCUCUCUCUGUUCAAUUUAUAUCUGCUGUUGUUCGUCUUUACAGUGAAAUAUCUUGCAAAAAAAUUGACAACCUACCUGAACUGAAUGACAUCGAGGAUCCCGUCUACAUCAACAUGAAGGUACAACUCAAGAAGUGUCAAGCUUUACGUCUUGGUUUUAACUUCAUUUGCAGAUGUUAGGGAAAAUAAAAUAUGGACAAGUAACUGUGACGCUCACUAACACAGGAUUAUUCACAUCACACACUGAAUGCAGCUGAUUUCACUUUCAAAGCAGGGCUCAAAAGCUUAAAUCACAGUCUGGAAAAUAUCCAUGUUUGCAAUGGCAUUUAGUGACCUUCUUUUGAUAUCAUGGUAAUAGAAAAACCUCUCUCUAUCUGCAGGACCCUCUGGAUCAGAUGGACAACACAAAUAACAUUUAUGCAAAUGUUAGCUUCUCAAGGUAGAAGAAACACUGCAUGGGACAUUUUGAUUUGUGUGAAAAGUGUGUUGAUACCUAUGUGUAACCACAUGAUACAUUUGAUGGAGGAUAAUUGUGGACUGAUGAGCAACAGGAUGGCUGUAUCAUGACUGGAUCAUUUUUCUUUAAUGUUGCAGACUAAAUCGUGUCACUCAUGAUAGCAUUUUGCUUAUCAGUGUUGUAGAAAUGCUGUCAGCAGCAGCAUCUAUCCUCUUUACCAAACUAUCUCUUUUAAAGUGUAAAGAUCUGCUUUGAAAUUAAGAGGCAUUACCGCACAGUUAGCUCUCAGUGGUGUUUAAUGUUAUCAUUUGUCAUUUGUUAAUAAUAAUGUCUCACAAACUAAACAGAAAAUCGACAUUGAUGAAACUCCAGUGAUGUGUCUUUUUCACUAAGGUAGUCUUGUUUUCUUUCCCCUGCAGUGUGAGAAGGGGCCUGUGUCCACUGACAGAGUUUUGUGUCGUGUCAGUGCCUUUUUAAAAUAUUAAUUAUACCAAUGCAGUUCAAUGUUUUCACAAUGCUGUAUUUUCACAUCAUUCCCUCAGCUUUUGUUUCUUUGUACUAAAAAUGGUUUAAUUUUUGCUCCACUUGUUGAUGUCACCCCUUUCUCACCAAGGAAUUGAAAUCAUGUGAGGGAGAGAUGUCUUAAAUCAACUUUGUCAAAACAAUGUUAAAAGAUGCACCC